GCAACGCGCGGCGGGCGCAGUCCCGGCAGCCAUGGACGCGCUGUCCGGCGCCGGGCCUCGCCGGGCUCGCUGCAGCCUGGGCGCGGCGUCUCCCGGAGCGCGGGCUGCGGCGGCGCCCUGGGCGCGGUUCUCGGCCUGGCUGGAGUGCGUGUGCGUGGUCACCUUCGACCUGGAGCUGGGCCAGGCGCUGGAGCUGGUGUACCCCAGUGACUUCCGGCUCACGGACAAGGAGAAAAGCAGCAUCUGCUACCUGUCCUUCCCUGACUCCCACUCAGGCUGCCUCGGAGACACUCAGUUCAGCUUCCGCAUUCGGCAGUGUAGCGGACAGAGGAGCCCAUGGCACGCCGAGGACCGGCACUAUAACAGUGGGGCCCCCAUGUCGCUGCAAAGGGAGCCGGCACACUACUUCGGUUACGUGUACUUCAGACAGGUGAAGGACAGCUCCGUGAAAAGGGGCUACUUCCAGAAGUCUCUGGUGCUGGUGUCCCGCCUGCCCUUCGUCCGGCUGUUCCAGGCGCUCCUGAGCCUGAUCGCCCCCGAGUACUUCAGCAAGCCGGCCCCCUGCCUGGAAGCGGUGUGCAGUGAGAUUGACGAGUGGCCUGCCCCUGUGCCUGGGCAGACCCUGAACCUGCCCGUUAUGGGCGUCGUCCUCCAGGUUCACAUCCCGUCCAGGGUGGACAAGCCUGAGUACAGUCCUCCGAAGCCGUGUAGCCACGAGAAUUUGCUGCCCGCCCCAGUGAUCCUUAGCAGCGUUCAUGAACUGGACCUGUUCAGGUGCUUCCAGCCGGUGCUGACCCACGUGCAGACUCUGUGGGAGCUUAUGCUCCUCGGGGAGCCCCUGGUGGUCCUGGCACCCUCGCCCGCUGUGUCCUCAGAGCUGGUGCUGGCCUUAAUCAGCUGCCUACAGCCCCUCAAGUUCUGUUGUGACUACCGCCCCUACUUCACCAUCCAUGACAGCGAGUUCAAGGAGUUCACCACGCGCACACAGGCCCCACCAAACGUGGUCCUGGGAGUCACAAACCCUUUCUUUAUCAAAACACUCCAGCACUGGCCCCACAUACUCCGUGUUGGAGAGCCCAAGAUGGCGGGUGAGGUUGGCCUGUCCUUUGCCCAGGGGGCCCGGGGGCUGGGGCUCGGGGCCCCGAGGGUUCUAAGCUGUGGCACUGAGGUUCAGCACCGGGUGUGUUCCGUAGGGGAUCUUCCUAAGCAGGUCAAGCUGAAAAAGCCAUCUAGGCUGAAGACACUUGACACCAAGCCAGGCCUUUACACCGCGUACUCGGCCCACCUGCACCGGGACAAGGCACUGCUCAAACGGCUACUCAAGGGGCUGCAGAAGAAGAAGCCGUGGGACACACAGACGGCACUGCUGAGACGGCACCUCUUGGAGCUCACGCAGAGCUUUAUCAUCCCCCUGGAGCACUACAUGGCCAGCCUCAUGCCCCUGCAGAAGAACAUCACGGCCUGGAAGACUCCUCCCCAGAUCCGCCCCUUCCGCCAGGAUGACUUCCUGCGCAGCCUGGAGCACGCAGGGCCCCAGCUCACCUGCAUCCUCAAGGGCGACUGGCUGGGCCUCUACAGGCGGUUUUUCAAGUCCCCCCACUUUGACGGCUGGUACCGGCAGCGGCACAAGGAGAUGGCCCAGAAGCUGGAGGCCUUGCACCUUGAGGCCAUCUGUGAGGCGCAGAACAUCGAGACUUGGAUGAAAGACAAGUCUGAGGUGGAGGUCGUGGACCUGGUCCUGAAACUUCGGGAGAAGCUGGUGCAGGCACAGGGCCACCAGCUCCCGGUGAAGGAGGCAACGCUACAGCGGGCGCAGCUGUACAUCGAGACGGUCAUUGGCUCUCUACCCAAGGACCUGCAGGCCGUCCUGUGCCCUCCUUAGGGCAGGGCCAAGGGGCGAGCUCCAGGGGCCUGGGUUCAGCCAGGCGGGAGCUCCUCAGCCCAAGCCCCCUGCUGCUCUCUAGUCUUGGUCCCCCAUCAGCUCCACUGUUGUUUCAGCAGUAAAGGUGGCAUUUGGAACCACA